UUGAAUAAUGGUAAGCAAAAUGGCGUAAUGUCUCACUAAAUGAAAAGGUGUGAAGUGUUUUCUUCUUGGUUUUCUGACUUGUUAUGGCUGUCACCUUCAUCCUUUUCUGACGGGCCUCAACUUACUGAAAGAUUGGCUUGUUGUGUUAGAGGAGGAAAGGAUGGGGGAGCCAGUGAACGGGUCGACGGCAAACGCAGGUCGUCAGCAUCGGCCCUGGGAGUCGGCCAAGUAUGGAGCCGGGUCAGUCCGCGCCGAGGCCAGCCCCACUUCGCUCGUCGAGAUAUUCGACACUGCCUUCAACUCCGAUGUCGAUCCUCCCCAAAAUGAAGUCUGCAGUUUAGUUGGAGAAAUGGAGCUAGACCCGCUGUUUGCGGAGAGUGACGGCGUGGAGGUGGAGACGGAGGUAGAGGUGGUGGACGUGCCGCCGGCGACGUGGCGCUACCACAGUGGGGGCACCACGCCCGCCCUGGGUGAGCGUCGCACGGGGGGCGCAUGGUCGCCGUCGCCGCCGCCGCUCUCUUACUACACGACUCCUAGUUUCGGGUCCUCCCCCGCCCCCAGCGAGGCAUUCGACGCCAGACGGAAGCGGUCGAUCGACGCCGAAGCCUGUCUCAAGGCGAAAAAAGGGUCGGAUCGAGUCCCGGCAGCUGCUGCUGCAUCCGGUGCCGGCUGUGAGUCUCCAGCUGUGGGGGCGGCUGGCCCUUCGUCUCGGCCAAUGGCCGUCGUGCAGCCGCAGCCAGUGGCCGUACCGCCCCCACCGCCCCUGACGGGCCCCCCCGAUGGAGGCGGCAGGGGCCGCAAGGCUCCGUCGCUGCCGCAGUCGAGGCUGCCGCGUCGCUUCUACCCUUCUACAAGCACCAAUCACAACAUCACCAGGACUGCAGGUGGCAGCAUGAACGCGCCGCAGGUGCACACAACUGGUAUUGGUGGCGGGACGGCUGUCAACAAUGGCGGAGGAACGACGUCCGGCGACGCCCCCCUCGCCCCCGACCUCCAGCUGGACUGGCUGUCGUCGGACGAGGAUGACGACGAUGACUCGGGCAUCGAGGUGCUCAGCAUCCAGUACACCAACAACAACAACAACGCCAACCAGCAACAACAACAACAACAACAACAACAACAACAGGUCAACAACAGUGCAGUGCCCCCUCCAACAACCGCUGCUGCGGCUAGGACGGCUGCCAACCCACCACAUCACAUCCACCAUCACCACCAUCUGCAUCAUCUCGCCAACAACUGCGCCCACAACAACACCACAACAACCAGUCACAGUCACAACAACAGUGUGGCCUACGCCUAUCCGCCGCAAGCCGCCGCGCCCGGGCCCAAUCCACACAAUGCGCCCAAUCGACAAGUGCAAGUGGUCGACCUGACCCUGGAGUCGGACGAGGAGAUGCUGAACGCCGGUGGGGGUGGAGGUGGAGGUGGUCACUACCCGAUAGUGACUCACGUGCAACAGGCUCCACGCCACCUCAUCAACAGCCGCAUUCCGCCGCCUCCGCUGCUCCGCUUCCGCGUGCCCUCCUGCCGCUGCCCCCAGCCGCCUCCGCCGCCUCCCGCCCCCGACCACCCCGAGCAGCCGCCCCCGCCACCGCCUCUCGUCAACUACUCGCAGCCCUGCAUUCUGCACGCGUCCUAUCGGCCGCCUCCCACGCCGCGUCACUACUCACAACCCUCGCUAGAUGGUGGAACGACGGUGUUUGUGCCAGCGGCCCCCCAACCACCCCCCGCGCAUGCGGGAUUCCCCGGCUACUUUCCGUCCCCCCCUCAGCUCUACCCAGUGCACCAUCGGCUCUGGCAAUCGCAGCAACGCACUCAGGAAAUGCAGCGUCGGCAUCUUCACAACGGCGGUGUUCGACCUCGCGAAGUGUUUGUGGACACGCCGGCAAGUGGCGGUGGCGGCUACGGCCAAACAGGGCCCCCGUGGCCCGACUGGUGUCCGGUGCCCUUCGCCCCCCACCACCGCGGUGCACCACAACCUCCACCCCCGCCACACCCCCACCCACAGCCGCCCCUGCCCACCCCUCAGCAGCCCACUGUCUACAGUCGGCCCGAGGUCCACCCGCCGCCUGGCCUCCACCCACCCACUGUUAUGAUGGAGGUUGAGUCGAUGGCUGUCCCUCCGCCGCCUACGCCUCAUCAUCCAACGGUGCAGACUGAAAUUGUUGUACAAAGUGGAAUUCCUGGAGAAGGAACACAUCAACACGUUCACCAUUAUGUUCACCGUUAUCACCGACCUGGUCAUCAAAUGCAUCACCUUCAUAUCAGUAUAGGGCCUUCAGUUGUUAGUAGUGGUACUUCGCGACCGCAAGAGCUGGUGUUCCCGCCUGUGCUGCCGGUGGACCUGAUGCCAUUCCCUUUGCUGACGCGACACAUGUCCUACCGGCUGGAGGACUACAUGCGUGUCGUCGAACAGCGGCGGCUCGCCUGCCUCAACCGCGGCGCCAGUCAGGACACCAUAGAACGCUUCACAUUCCCACACAAGUACAAAAGGGUGAAGCGAGCGAUGGACGAACUAGAAGAUACAACCGAGAAAUGCACCAUUUGCCUAUCAGAGUUUGAAGAUUCGGAAGACGUUAGACGGCUGCCGUGCAUGCACCUGUUCCACGUGGAGUGUGUAGACCAGUGGCUCUCUUCGAACAAGAGGUGUCCCAUCUGUCGAGUCGACAUAGAAACCAACCUCAAUAAGGACGUGACCCCCACGUCCGGCACUUGACCCCACGACAAGCCCGUAUCUUUUCCCCCAGCAAGAUAAGAGCGCAUAAAAAUGCUUCUGCAAAAUUUGAUUCGCCAAAUGUUGCAGGAACAUUUUUCUCGCUUCAGAACCAGUAAGUGAAUUUACCGUAGAUUGUACACGUGAGGAGAUGCGUGAGGUGAUACAAAUCUACCUACUUUGAUAUUCGUAUAGCAAUAUUCUCAAUUGGAUUCCUUGAUGUUGAGUACAAUAUUAGGUCGCAACUGUAUUGAACUGUUUCGAUGCUCUUACACCAUGCUGUUGCCAAAUAACUCAUUCGAGUGUUACAAUGAUUAUAGUAAUUAAUAACUUGUAGCUGCAUAUUUUAUAUAAUCACAUUUCACUGCAUUUUUCUCGUUUGCCUUGUUCUAUAUUAAACAAUUAGAGUGCUGCUGCUGCAACGUGUAUCAUGCAACGUGUAUCAUGCAUCAUAUAUCGUGCAACGUGUAUCCAGUUGCUGUUCUUCUAAUCAAUCUUAAUACUUGAAGCUAUGAAUGUUUUGUUCUAUUUCAUUUUAUUAGCUAAACUAUUUCCAUUCUAUUUGUUUUUAAAUAAGCAUUUUAAUUUGCUUCGGAAGAAGUGUUUAAUGUCUCGUGCUAUGUGUAAUACUUGCAGCAAAUAUGUAAGACUCGGACUACUGGCUGGUACAGUAGUUCUGUUUCGUGCAAUUUUAUAUUGUUGAUGUUAUAGUCUAUAGAAAGUGAGAAUAAAUUCAAAGGUGCCUUUACCGGUGUCAGUUAAAUGUAGCGCAAUGCUCUUAAACCUCGUUAUUAGUUUUUCGCUUUAUUUCAACUUGGGACAGCUAUCUUUCUGUAUAGGCCUACUCAAGUGUCAUGCUACUCAAAAGUAUGCAAAUAUAUUGUUCCGGGUGAAUAAAAACACUUGCUUUCUAUUGCAAUUAGCUAAACAAUUGAACGAGAGAAUUGAAGUGAAAUCAUAAGGAAUUAGACAUUAAUUUGACGAAAAUAAUUGCAAGUCAAUUAAAUCCUGAAAAUACAUCUAAUUUGGUUUCAUAAUUGAAUUAUGUAACUGUAAUGAAAAGUUCGCCUUACCUCAGCUUUGCCAGUUGAACUAGCAUAUCAAGAUAGUAAAAUGCUAAUUAGACUGUGAGAACAGCAAAAAUAACUUUGAUGAGUACACUAACUAAAUUAGUUUUAUCAGAAAGUAUUCAAAUAAGAAACAAUAAAAAUACGUUGAUUUUUUAAAAAAGAGGUCAUCCUAUAUUACCUGUACUAAAAAUAAUUUUGAUUGUUCGGACACACCUUAAUCUUUAGGUUCUUAUAAAUAUUUGAACACCCCUCCCAUCACCUGCACAUCCUUUGUUAAAUAAGCGUUGGGGAAAAUGAAGAACGUGAAAUAAUACAAUCUAUUAAUUUAGCAUUUAUUUGAAGUAUUUUUUCUUUUACAAUUUUAAAAUAUUGCUCUGUUUUCUUUUAGGUUAAAUGUUCUAUUUUUUGGUUCAGUUGUUUCAUAUUUGUUCACCAGAGUGAAUAUUUACUACUCACCGUCAACUCAAGAUAUAAUCGGUGGAUCAAAAACUUAUAAAUCAAAAAAUAUUUCGACAACUUGGUUUUGAUAUUUGUUAAAUUGUAGACUGUUUGUUUUUCGAUACUCGUUCUAGUAGUCUUUAUUCACCCGGAUCAUUAACUAAUCAUUUGUAUACUAGUUGAAAAAACAUUCCACAAUUUAUCACAAUGUUAUUAUAACUAACUGAAAUGUAAUUUAUUUAAAAACUGCUUAUGCUGAUUUUAUUAUAUUAUAUCGCAAUUGUAAGCUAUACAUCACAAAAAUAUUCAAUUAUUAUGGACGGUGAUAAAUAAUUGAUGCAAUUAUAAGUUUUGUUACAGAUAUUAUACCGUAUUGUUAUAAAUAUUUUUUAAGGAGCUUGUUGUACGUUUUGAAUAUUGAUUUAAAUUUUCCAAGCCCAGAGCUCUGCGUAAUAAACCUUCAAAUUCAAUGCAUAGUUCUUUGUCAUUUUUUUUGAUUUAUUGUUCGAUGUAGUGGGCAAUUUUUUUAAUGCUCUUGAUAUUCAACAAAUAUUACUUUUGAAAACAGCUAUUAAAUGAUUUUUAUUUUAUGUGUACUGCUGUCAACUACUCUGCUGAAGAUAUUAUAUUUCUUUAUAUUUGUCAAUUUUCUAUUAUUUUAUUUCUUGAAACAAGAGUUACCAAUGAUAUUUUUUCAAUUGAUUUUUCCUCCGUUUGUCUGUCAGAGUAAAAUAUCCAUAGAUCUCAAAUAUAGGUAUUAGAUUACCGACUUGGUGAACAAAACUCUACUAGCUCUAUAUUAUUGGGUCAUUUUAGUUAUAAUUAACGAUUCCUGUCACAUUUUCAAAAAAACUAAACAAAAAUUUUCAUAAUCUUGUGCUCAUUUUGCACAUUUUUUCGAAAAUGGACUCAUUUUGCUAGCGCAUAUGAAAUUUCCGUUCUCAAUAUUUUGACAAGAAUAUUUUGAUUUGCUCUACUAAUUACUAAUUAUAGAAACCAUAUUUUCGCCAUAGGCCCACUUUUCAAAAAUGUAUUUAUUAUCUUCCAAUGUUGUGUUGAUUAUUUAUUGAAGUGAAUUAUCUUUUGAGAUUUCUCCUUCUUAAUAUUAAUUAUAUGAAAUGGAUAGCAUCAGUUCAUUGAAUUGAUACGUUUUUAUAUUCCACGAAAUCAACAGUGUAUUAUUACUGGCUGUACCUCAUUUUACUUCACAUCGUUUUAUUACAAUUGCAAUUCUAAUUAUUCCUAUGUAGAAACACUUAUUCGUAUACUCAGAUUUUAUAUAAUAUUUAUUCAUAUUUUAAAUUCACAGUAAUUUAUCCUGUAAAAUCGUCUCCAAUUAGCACAAAUUACGGGUAGAGAUAUUUAUUAUGUAAAAGUUCGAUUCAUGUUGACACCCAUGGUAAUACAUAAUAUCAAUAUUGAUACAAUGUUUAUUAUAUUCAAUCUUCUUUAACAAUAUAUUCAGUUUCAGUAUACAGCAAUUAUUGUCCAAGUUAAUAGGAAUCUAAACUUAUAUGUUGAGCUGAAUAAAAAUUAUAUAAAAUAAAUUUUUAGGGCUUUGAAACUAUUAUAUCCGCAACAUUCUUUAAGAAAAUUAAAAAAAAAACUUAUACUUUGAGUUGAAUUUAUAUCUUCUGUUUUCAAGUUCUUUGGUGAAUGUUAUAGUUAUUAUUCUAGAACUUACUUAUUUUAACACUAACUGCUAUUAUAUUUUAAAUGAAAUAUUAUAGGAUUUGAAUGUGACCAAAUUUGCGACUUUCAAAAUAACUAAUGCGUUUGUGAUAAAUGUAGUCUAGAUGUUAGAUUAGUUUUAAGGUUAUAAUUUUUGACGGAAAAUAGAGCUAUGUAGAUUAUAUGUAUGUUAGAAAACAAUAUUGGGCUAUCUAUUCAAUGUACUAUUUUUCACCAAACUUAUAUUGCGCUGUGUGUGUGUUUUGCAAGGUUUUAACUGUGUCUUAUAUCCAGAAAUUAUUUAAUAAUACUUGAACAUUAUAUCCGUUUAAAUACAAUAAUUAUGUCCAUGUUGUGUCGUACUUUAGAAGUAAUUAACUUCAAAUUUGAAAAUUGAAUGUUCCAUUAUGUGUUUGAAUAGUAUUUAAUAGGCUUGGGGUUAAUCGCUCUUCAAAAUGAUGGUCACUUUCGGAUCUUAAAAUAUUUCUAAGGGUCAAUUAGUCUUAGUUGUUUCAAUAGUUCUCUUCAGAUAAGUAUGUUUAUCUUGCAUAUUCUGAGAUUGAACUGUAUGAAGUAAAUUAUACAUCACAAUCAGUAAACUCAUAAAGUCAAACUCUUGGGAGUUCUUUUGCUUUUAAUAUCAAGGAUAAUUCCAUUGUUCUGAUUCAAAAACAUGUCAAUGUUUUGAAAACUUGAAAGCAUUAUUUCUGUAUCUAAGAAUUUCUAGUUGUAGUUUUCAGUUUGCACUUUAAAUUGUUAGUGUUAAUACUAAAGACUGUAUCAACUAUUAGAUUGGAGUAGUUACUGUAUUCUGUUGUCAAGGUUUUUUCUCUAGAAAUCAAAUGCUCAUCAAUCCUACAUCGUGAGAUUUGAAAAAAGGUUGUACAUUUUGUAAAUUGAGUAACCAAUUUAUUUGAAAUUUAAUUUUGUUCUCUAGUUGGGUGUUUAUUCAUAGUAGUAUGUAAUUUAAAAAAAAGAUAUUUCCCAUUUUCUUGAUUCAAUGUGAUAUUUUUAGUUUGGUGUUCAAUUUUACGCUCGUUCAUGAAUUCAUAUUGAAAUUUAACAGUAGUACACUACUGUUUAAUAAUUCAUAAUUAUUCAGUAAAUCUUUUGUUGAACCAGUUUCUCUUCCUAUGUUACUUUGGUAGUUCGUAGCUAAUCGCUCCACCUGUAUGUACGUACUAAAGGUACCAUAUAAUAUAUACCCUUUAUUAUAGGGUACUAUCACUUUUACCUUGACAUUUUCCAAACUAUUUUUUAUCUUAUUAUUCGAUUUAAUGUAACAAGUUGAUAGGCCUACCUCAAUUUAUUAACAAAAAAUUCACUGUCGAUAAUGAUUUCUUAAAUGGAAAUACACUCGAGGUCAUUCUCCAUUUUUAACUCCAAAUUGGUAUUUCUUUAUAACGGGAACAUGUAAAUUUUUCAACAAUUAUCAUUAGUUGAAAAAUGGUGUAACUUUGUGGACGAAAUAACUAUUUGUCAAAGAUUACAUAUAACGUUGGGAAAAAUUGAAAUAUUUAUUUUGCGAUGUGUGUUAGUCCUCAAAAACUAAAGUUUUUAGGCAUCAUAUUAGCCAGUCGAGGUUGUAGUUUCUUCUUGAGAUUGCUGCUCCUCUCUCAAAAAAUCAAAUAUUUGUUGUUUUACAUAAAUUGUUUACUUAUUCAAAAAAUACUCAAUGUGUCUGUUGUAAAUUAUUGCCUUUAAAUUUUGAGAGUUUAAAUUUCUUCAAAUAUCCAUAACGAAUCUGUAAUUCACGAAUAAUUAUGUAACACUUCGUUUUGAACUAUUCUAAAAGUAAGUUGUGAUUUUAUUUUGUUACUUGAAAAUUUUAAAAACAAAAACUCAAUUUUAUUGAAACAUUGCAUAAGUCCAGUCGAACCCAAUAACAGACUACUGUGAUAAUUUAAUGAUCAAUCCCAAGCAAACUAGUUCAAAAAAUCGCUUUCAUUCGUAAUACUCAAUUAUUUUAUUCCUUGCUGAGUGCUAGUUCUCACUCAUAUACAAUUUUUGUUGUGUUGUUAAAAUUAUUUUCAUUGUAAGAUUUGAACAGUUUUAAAAAAUAAAUAUUUAUAGACAAAAGUA